UGAGUAGGCUCUCUCCCCACCCUCACUCACUCUCUCCCUUCCUUUGCCUCUCCCUUGUUUUAUUUUAUAUGCCUGGACAGUUCUUUUUCGGUUUGGAUUUAGCUCCUCUUUUCCUUUGUUAUUCCCCUGGCUGCCCCCUCUGGUAUGAGUGAGUUCUCCUGAUUGUCAGAAAUUCUUUUCCACUGUGUGGGUAGGAGACAGAUUUUUAACUGUCUCCCUUCUCUCUAUUUAUUUUACUUUCUCGGUUUCUCUCCUUUUCCUCCUCCUCCACCUCCUUUCCCACUUCUUCCGUUCUCUUUACCUUUCGUCCCCCCUCCUAGAUCUGCCUCCCCUUUCCUCCCUCCCUCCCCCAUUUACUUCCUCUCUCUCUCUGCUCCCCCUCCUCCAUGUUGCUCGCUUUUUCUUUCUCUUUUUAAAUAAUGUCUAUGGAAUAAUAGCACACCCUCAUUCAACUGAGUGCGGGACCCUGCAUUAAUUCAAGAGCGAUGUGCUGUGAUGGUGCCAGAUAUGCAUGGACUCAGCCCGUGCCCAGCCUACAAGUCCCAGGAGCUCAUCCCGGCCUUGGCCACCGGGGAAAGCCCUGAGCUUGGUGUUUCCACCCACCGACACAUCCUAGCCCUGCCUGAAGAAGAGACAUGGCGCCAGCAUGGCCCAGGCAUGAUGGCCACCCAGACUUCUGCUCUCCUGGAUCCCGAGGCCCUGGAGGAGACAGGGGCCCUACCAGGAUCCCCACGUGCCCUAUGCUUCGAUGCCUCUUCUGUCUUCUUCCCCAUGCAGGAGGGUGAGGGCUCUGGAUGGGAAGGCAGUGGUGCUCUGGAUGCCAGUUUGAGCCCAUUCCUCCCUGUGAGUCCAGAGGUUAUGAAGCGGAGGCGGGGAGGGCUCAUUGAACAGAGAGACAUCAUCAAGGCCCAUGAAGCCCACAAGAUGCAGAGUACACCUCAGGCCCGGAGGAAAGAAUGGGAGAUGGCUCGCUUUGGGGAGGCUGUGGUUGGCAGGCCAGGAUCGGGAGAAGGAGACUCGGACCAGAGCAGGAACCGGCAAGGAACACCAGUGCAGUCCGCCGGGGCAUCGGCCGCCUACAAGCAAUCCAAAGCCCAGAGGGCCAGGACUAUGGCUUUAUACAACCCCAUUCCGGUCAGGCAGAACUGUUUCACCGUCAACAGAUCCCUGUUUAUCUUCGGAGAAGAUAACAUUGUCAGGAAAUAUGCCAAGAAGCUCAUCGAUUGGCCGCCAUUUGAGUAUAUGAUUCUGGCUACAAUCAUUGCCAACUGCAUCGUCUUGGCCUUGGAGCAACAUCUCCCAGAGGAUGACAAGACUCCGAUGUCUAGAAGAUUGGAGAAGACUGAACCAUAUUUCAUUGGGAUUUUUUGCUUUGAAGCUGGGAUUAAAAUUGUGGCCCUGGGGUUUAUCUUCCAUAAGGGCUCAUAUCUUCGCAAUGGUUGGAAUGUCAUGGACUUCAUUGUGGUCCUCAGUGGCAUCCUGGCCACAGCUGGUACCCACUUCAAUACCCAUGUGGACCUGAGAACCCUUCGGGCUGUGCGAGUACUGAGGCCAUUGAAACUUGUUUCAGGCAUUCCCAGUUUGCAAAUAGUGCUGAAGUCCAUCAUGAAGGCAAUGGUGCCUCUGCUCCAGAUUGGCCUUCUUCUGUUCUUUGCCAUCCUGAUGUUCGCCAUCAUUGGCCUGGAGUUUUAUAGUGGGAAACUACACAGAGCCUGCUUUAUGAACAAUUCAGGUGUGCUAGAGGGGUUUGACCCUCCUCAUCCAUGUGGGGUACAGGGCUGCCCAGAGGGUUAUGAGUGCAGAGACUGGAUUGGUCCUAAUGAUGGGAUCACUCAGUUUGACAACAUUCUCUUUGCUGUGCUGACCGUCUUCCAGUGUAUAACCAUGGAAGGAUGGACCACCGUGCUGUACAAUACCAAUGAUGCCUUAGGAGCCACCUGGAAUUGGCUGUACUUCAUCCCCCUCAUCAUCAUCGGAUCCUUCUUUGUUCUCAACCUUGUCCUGGGAGUGCUUUCUGGGGAAUUUGCCAAAGAAAGAGAGAGAGUGGAGAACCGUAGAGCCUUUAUGAAACUGCGGAGACAGCAACAAAUUGAACGGGAAUUGAAUGGGUAUCGAGCCUGGAUAGAUAAAGCAGAGGAAGUGAUGCUGGCUGAAGAAAACAAAAAUUCUGGAACAUCAGCUUUGGAAGUGCUCCGAAGGGCAACCAUUAAAAGGAGUCGCACUGAAGCCAUGACUCGUGACUCAAGUGAUGAACACUGUGUUGACAUCUCCUCUGUGGGCACUCCUCUUGCUCGUGCCAGUAUAAAAAGUACUAAAGUAGAUGGAGCCUCCUAUUUCCGGCACAAGGAGCGACUUCUGCGAAUUUCCAUUCGUCAUAUGGUCAAAUCCCAGGUUUUUUACUGGAUGGUCUUGAGUGUCGUGGCUCUCAACACUGCAUGUGUGGCUAUUGUCCAUCAUGACCAGCCUCUGUGGCUCACUCACCUCCUCUACUAUGCAGAGUUUUUGUUUUUGGGACUCUUCCUCUUAGAAAUGGCCCUGAAGAUGUAUGGCAUGGGGCCACGCCUUUAUUUUCAUUCCUCCUUCAAUUGCUUUGAUUUUGGGGUCACUGUGGGAAGUAUCUUUGAAGUGGUUUGGGCCAUCUUUAGACCUGGCACCUCUUUCGGAAUCAGUGUCUUGAGGGCUCUUCGACUUCUAAGAAUAUUUAAGGUUACUAAGUACUGGGCAUCCCUACGGAAUUUAGUGGUCUCACUGAUGAGCUCCAUGAAAUCCAUUAUCAGCUUACUCUUCCUUCUCUUCCUUUUCAUUGUCGUCUUUGCUCUGUUGGGAAUGCAGCUCUUUGGAGGCAGAUUUAAUUUUAAUGAUGGAACUCCUUCAGCAAACUUUGACACCUUCCCUGCAGCCAUUAUGACAGUAUUCCAGAUUUUGACAGGUGAGGACUGGAAUGAAGUCAUGUACAAUGGGAUCCGCUCCCAGGGUGGAGUUAGCUCUGGUAUGUGGUCCGCUAUCUACUUCAUCGUACUCACUCUUUUUGGAAACUACACCCUACUGAAUGUGUUUUUGGCCAUCGCUGUUGACAAUUUGGCCAAUGCUCAGGAGCUGACAAAGGAUGAGCAGGAGGAAGAAGAAGCCUUCAAUCAGAAGCAUGCAUUACAAAAAGCCAAGGAAGUCAGCCCAAUGUCUGCACCUAACAUGCCUUCUAUUGAAAGAGACAGAAGGAGGAGACACCACAUGUCGAUGUGGGAGCCACGCAGCAGCCACCUGAGGGAGAGGAGGAGACGUCACCACAUGUCCGUGUGGGAACAGCGGACCAGUCAGCUGAGGAGACAUAUGCAGAUGUCCAGCCAGGAGGGCAUCAACAAGGAAGAGCCCCCUCCCAUGAAUCCCCUCAACCCCCUCAAUCCCCUCAGCCCUCUCAAUCCCCUCAAUGCGCAUCCUAGUCUCUACAGGAGGCCAAAGCCUUUGGAGGGUUUGGGAUUGGAGAAGUUUGAGGAGGAACAUGGAAAUCAUGGGGACUUGCAUAAGGGUGAACAAUCGGAAGACCCGAAGAGUCCCCUGUCCAGAUCCAAGAGGGAGCAGCAAUGGCUGUCGAAGCCAUGCCAUGGAAACUGUGACCCAGCAGAGCAGGAAUCGGGAGCUGGAGAGCCAGUGGUGGGCUUUGAAGAGCGGGCUCGACACCGACAGAGUCAGCGCCGCAGUCGGCACCGGCGAGUCAGGACUGAGUUCAAGGAAUCAGCCACAGCUGCUGGAAGCAGGUCUGGGAGCCAGGACAGAGGUCUGGAAGAAGGAACAACAGCUGAGGGCGAGAAGAACAGGGACUCUAAAGGGAGUCAGGAUGGGAAGGAGGCUUCUAGUCAUGAAGAAGAGAGAAGCAAGGAGUUAAAGAGAACCAAUAGCCUUAUGGUUCCUGGAGGCUGCGGAUUGUCAACAGUUGCUGAUGAAAUAAGGGCCCCUCUGGUCCUCUCUCCUCCAGACUUAGAAACAGGAAAGGAUACCGCCCUCACUGAGCAGGAGCAGGAGGGUACCAGUGAACAAGCCUUGCUGGAUGAUGUGCAGCUGGAUAUGGGCCGGGCCAUUAGUCGAAGCGAGCCUGACCUUUCCUCCAUAACAGCUAAUGUGGAGAAGGGCACUGAGAGCACCAGCGUCACCGUCGCCAUUCCUGAAGUUGGCACCUUGGUGGACUCCACUGUGGUGCACAUUAGUAACAAGACAGAUGGAGAAGCCAGCCCCCUGAAAGAGGCAGAGAUUAAAGAGGAUGGAGAAGAAAUUGAGAAGAAGAGAAAGAAGGAAAAGAGCUCAAGCACAGGCAAAGCAAUGGUGCCCCAUAGCUCCAUGUUCAUCUUCAGCACCACUAAUCCGAUCCGAAGGGCAUGCCACUACAUUGUGAAUCUUCGCUACUUUGAGAUGUGCAUCCUUUUGGUUAUUGCAGCCAGCAGCAUUGCCUUGGCUGCAGAGGAUCCUGUCCUAACCAACUCUGAGAGGAACAAAGUCCUAAGAUAUUUUGACUAUGUUUUCACUGGUGUGUUCACCUUUGAGAUGGUCAUAAAGAUGAUAGACCAGGGCUUGAUUCUGCAGGAUGGAUCCUACUUCAGGGACCUGUGGAAUAUCCUGGACUUUGUGGUGGUAGUCGGGGCACUAGUGGCCUUUGCUUUGGCGAACGCUCUGGGAACCAACAAAGGCCGGGAUAUUAAAACUAUUAAGUCUCUGCGUGUGCUCCGAGUUCUGAGGCCACUGAAAACCAUCAAGCGCUUACCCAAGCUUAAGGCUGUCUUUGACUGUGUAGUGACCUCCCUGAAGAAUGUAUUCAACAUACUCAUUGUCUACAAGCUCUUCAUGUUCAUCUUUGCUGUCAUUGCAGUCCAACUCUUUAAGGGGAAAUUCUUUUAUUGCACAGACAGCUCCAAAGAUACAGAAAAGGAAUGCAUAGGCAACUAUGUAGAUCAUGAGAAAAACAAGAUGGAGGUAAAGGGCCGGGAAUGGAAACGCCAUGAGUUCCACUAUGACAACAUCAUUUGGGCUCUGUUGACCCUUUUCACUGUGUCCACAGGGGAGGGCUGGCCACAAGUUUUACAGCAUUCUGUGGAUGUGACUGAGGAAGACCGGGGCCCAAGCCGUAGCAACCGCAUGGAAAUGUCCAUUUUUUACGUGGUAUAUUUCGUAGUCUUCCCCUUCUUCUUUGUCAACAUCUUUGUUGCCCUCAUCAUCAUUACCUUCCAGGAGCAAGGGGACAAGAUGAUGGAGGAGUGCAGCCUGGAAAAAAAUGAGAGGGCAUGCAUUGACUUUGCCAUCAGUGCCAAACCGCUGACCCGCUACAUGCCCCAGAACCGUCAUACCUUUCAGUACCGUGUCUGGCACUUUGUGGUAUCCCCAUCCUUCGAAUACACCAUCAUGGCCAUGAUUGCCUUGAACACCGUGGUGCUCAUGAUGAAGUAUUAUUCUGCUCCCUGUACCUACGAACUGGCACUAAAGUAUCUGAACAUUGCAUUCACCAUUGUGUUCUCCCUGGAAUGCAUCUUGAAGAUCAUCGCUUUUGGCUUCUUGAAUUAUUUCCGAGACACCUGGAACAUCUUUGAUUUCAUCACAGUCAUCGGCAGCAUCACAGAAAUUAUCCUAACAGACAGCAAGCUGGUGAACACCAGUGGCUUCAACAUGAGUUUUCUAAAGCUCUUCCGAGCUGCCCGUCUCAUCAAGCUCCUUCGACAGGGAUAUACCAUCCGCAUUUUGCUGUGGACUUUUGUUCAGUCCUUUAAGGCUCUCCCCUAUGUCUGUCUGUUGAUUGCUAUGCUUUUCUUCAUUUAUGCCAUCAUUGGGAUGCAGGUCUUUGGAAAUAUAAAAUUAGAUGAAGAGAGUCACAUUAAUCGACACAACAACUUCCGCAGUUUUUUUGGGUCCCUGAUGCUGCUCUUCAGGAGUGCCACAGGUGAGGCGUGGCAGGAAAUUAUGUUAUCAUGUCUGGGAGAGAAAGGCUGUGAGCCGGACACCACUGCACCCUCAGGGCAGAAUGAGAAUGAACGAUGUGGCACUGAUCUGGCCUACUUUUACUUUGUUUCUUUCAUCUUCUUCUGCUCCUUUUUGAUGCUUAAUUUGUUUGUGGCUGUUAUCAUGGACAACUUUGAGUACCUGACACGGGACUCAUCUAUCCUUGGGCCUCAUCAUUUGGAUGAAUUUGUCCGAGUCUGGGCAGAGUAUGAUCGAGCUGCGUGUGGCCGCAUCCAUUACACUGAGAUGUAUGAAAUGCUGACUCUCAUGUCACCACCGCUAGGCCUCGGCAAGAGAUGUCCCUCCAAAGUGGCGUAUAAGAGAUUGGUACUGAUGAACAUGCCAGUAGCAGAGGACAUGACUGUCCACUUCACUUCCACAUUAAUGGCCCUAAUUCGGACAGCUCUGGACAUCAAGAUUGCAAAAGGUGGUGCAGACAGGCAGCAGCUAGAUUCAGAACUACAAAAGGAGACCCUGGCUAUCUGGCCUCACCUUUCCCAGAAGAUGCUGGAUCUGCUUGUACCCAUGCCAAAAGCCUCAGACUUAACCAUUGGGAAAAUAUAUGCAGCCAUGAUGAUCAUGGACUACUAUAAGCAGAGUAAAAUAAAGAAGCAGAGGCAGCAGCUGGAAGAACAGAAAAAUGCUCCCAUGUUCCAGCGAAUGGAACCCUCAUCUUUGCCUCAGGAGAUCAUUUCUAAUGCCAAAGCCCUGCCUUACCUCCAGCAGGACACCCUUUCAGGCCUGAGCAGUCGGAGUGGGUACCCAUCUAUGAGUCCACUCUCCCCCCAGGAAAUAUUCCAGUUGGCUUGCAUGGACCCAAACCAUGGGGAGUUCCAAGAGCAGCAAUCUCUGGAGCCAGAGGUUAGUGAGUUAAAAAUCGUGCAGCCCUCUAAGCAUGGCAGCUACCUCCCUUCGGACACCCAGGAGCAUGCAGUAUCUGGGAGGGCAUCAUCUAUGCCACGCCUGACUAUGGAUCCCCAGGUGGUGACCGACCCAAGUUCCAUGAGACGUUCCUUUUCCACUAUCAGAGACAAACGCACAAACUCCUCUUGGUUAGAGGAAUUUUCAAUGGAGCGAAGCAGUGAAAACACCUACAAGUCCCGCCGACGCAGUUAUCAUUCUUCUUUGCGCCUGUCAGCUCACCGUCUAAAUGCUGACUCAGGCCACAAAUCUGAUACCCAUCGCUCAGGAGGCAGAGAACGUGGCCGAUCAAAAGAACGUAAGCACCUGCUGUCUCCCGACGUGUCCCGCUGCAACUCUGAAGAACGAGGUGCCCAAGGGGACUGGGAGUCUCCCGAGCGGCACCAGUCUAGAUCGCCCAGUGAGGGCAGGUCUCAGACACCCAACAGACAGGGUACAGGCUCCCUUAGUGAAAGCUCCAUUCCUUCUAUCUCUGACACCAGCACCCCACGUCGAGGUCGUCGGCAGCUUCCACCUGUUCCCCCUAAACCCCGGCCACUCCUCUCCUACAGUUCCUUGAUGCGACAUCCUGGUAGUAUCUCUCCACCCUAUGAUGGGAGUGAAAUUGGUUCCCCACUGCCCUCCAAGGGCCUUGAGAGCAACGAUGCCUGCCUGACUGAGUCUUCCAGCUCACCACAAGCAAAGCAGAGUCAGCCCUCCACUCCCCAGCGCUAUAUCUCAGAGCCCUACCUGGCUUUGCAUGAAGACUCCCAUGCCUCGGACUGUGGCGAGGAGGAAACACUCACCUUUGAGGCUGCUGUGGCUACCAGCCUGGGCCGCUCCAACACCAUUGGCUCAGCCCCUCCCCUGAGGCACAGCUGGCAAAUGCCCAAUGGGCACUACCAGAGGCGUAGGCGUGGAGGACCAGGGCCAGGGAUGAUGUGUGGGGCUGUUAGUGAUCUUCUGAGUGACACGGAAGAGGAUGACAAAUGCUAGAGGCCAUGCCCCCCCUCCGAUGCAUGCUCUUCUCCAAUAUGGGGGAAAAAGGAUAGACCCAAGAAGCCAGUGAAGCCUGGGGGGAGGAGGAAGAAGAAAGGACAUUAUGCAGAACCAGAGAAGAGAAAGGAAAGGAAACUAGAAAAACAAUGAAACCCAACAAAAUGAUUUGAUUUCCCUUUGCAAGAUGGGCACAACCAAGGUUCUGCCUCCUUGCUAAGGGAGAGGUAAAGAAAUGUGGGAGUGUGAAUGGUCAUCUUCAAGGGAGAUGGGACAUAGAUAUAAUGACUCUACUUCCCCCUCAUCCCAGUUGGCAAAGGCAAUGGCUUUCUGGAGGCCAGUAUUGCUCUGAGAAGCAAGACCUCCUGGCUAGAAGCUGGGGUCCAUAGGAAAUGGCCAACAGUACAGCAAAUGCCUCCCUUCCUCUCCCUCUCAUGCUCUCCAGUCAUCACCAGUGUCACCAGGGCAAUCUCAAUAGCAUCUUGUGCUAUCCUGUGGCUUGCUCUCCACACAAGAGUUUUAUGUCAAGGUCAGGAGUGCUAGAUAACCUGUGUGGAAGGGAGGCAGGGAAGGAGAAAAAAAACAGGCAGGAGAUGGCCAGUGGGAGAAGUGGUCCAUGGUGCUCUGGCAUGGGAGAAUGUGGUGUCCUGAGCAGGAAUAAUAAAAGUCCCACAGUUUGUAUCAUGGAGGAUCAUAGAUUCAGAGCCAGAAGGGAUCAUAAAGGUCAUCUACUCCAACCCCCUCAUGUUACAGAUGAGAAAACAUAGACUCAAAAAUUGGUUAAGUGACUUGCCCAAGGUCACAAAGAUAGUAAGUGGUAAAAAUUGGAAUUAUACCCAAUUCUUCUGACUCUAGAAGUGCUACCAGAUAAGACCCACAUACCUAUACAGACAUUCUUAUAUACCAAGAGAUACUGACACACACAGUUCUAUGACUGUACACAGGUACUAUGUAUCCAUGUGUUGGUGAUAAAUUAAGGAACACCCAGGGUCUUCUUCCCUUCUUAGGUCAAUAGUCCAGUAGGCAGCAAUUUGGGCUUCCUACAAGACCAAGAUCCUGGGUCUUAUAAAUGUUCUAUUAGUGAAACCAACUAAGAAUGUCCUGAUCACCCUUUCAUUUCCCCUGAAGGGGUGGGAAUCAUACUUAAGAGGGAUCAUGUAUAUUAGAGCUCUCCAAAAGAUGAAGAAGUUGGGGUUAAAUAAAAACAUUCCUUUAUCAGUGAGGCAAUAUGUGAGGGUCUCAAUGUGCAGACACUACAGCUGGAUGGUUGGAUCUUCUUGUGAUUAAGGACCAGCUUCUCUAGUCCUACGGGAUUCUAUUUAAGGUAAUUAGUUAAUAUACCUCAGCUUAGUCUUAGGAUGCUGCUUACAGGAAAGCAGUUUCUACACUGGAACAAAAUAUCAUGUAAUAAAGAAUAUUUCCUUUUGCCAGGAUCCUACUUUCCCUCUCCCCUAACACAGUGCAGAGUGGCAGUCCAUUUUGUCAUCUCAGAAAGGUUCUGCACUCAAUAAACCCCAGGUCCUCCUCCUUUAAUGCUUUAUUUGCACUUUGGCAAAUCAGAAAGAGAUAUAAAUGAAGGACUUACUCCAAAGCAUUUUAAAAUGCCCUGUCCUACCUCCACCACCUGACUCCAGAGCUGCUUAAUGUCACUCCUUAUAUCCACCAAUUCUCCAACGGGACUCUAAUAAUUGCCUAAACCCAGAUGUCUAACAGAGAGAUAGAAAGCAGCCAAGCCCCCUUCCUUAGCUAAGCAAUGAAGAGAAGGGAAAAGCAAUGAUCCUCAAAAUCCAGUAUCCUCAAGAUAUUAUUCAAAGAGAUGAUUUAAUGGCAGGUCAGGGAGCUCCUCUAAAACCUAAUACAAAGAAUACAGAUUGCCCUUUAUAAGAAAAAAAAAGGCAUUGCCUUUAUCUGGACCCACCCUUAAUACAGCUACCUCCAUCCUUAGACAGCAGCAUUGCCAGAAGAAUUCUAUUAUGAGCAGAAGGGAUCAUUGAGAAAUGAGCCCAAUCAGGUACCAGUGGUCCACAUGCCAGAGCCAGGAUCAGAAUCAGGAACAUAAAUAAAUAAACCUGUUACUAAGACCUUAUUCCUGUCCCAGCACCCAUUAGAGACUUCCCUUGUUCCAUUUCACAGGAUUAGCCUUAAAAAUGAAAAUUCAGCAGAGGGGAACCAUUGUUGAUUCUGCCAAUGGCCAAGUAUAAUACCCCUCUUAGUCAACAAAUGGAUGACAGAGUUUUUCUUAGACUCAUUUCUGAGAUUUUUUUUUCCUUUAACUUUAUAGUCUGGAUGUAAAAGAAAAUGUACUAGGACUAGCUUUGCAUACAGAAUACCUCCCAGUGGCUUGGAGGCACCAUUCUACACAAACCUUGCAGAUAUUAACAGACAUUCAUGCAUGUCAGAGUACACAAGCCCCAGCCAUCCUGUCCCGUGUGGCUCAUCACAAAACCAAAUUAAAAAUCUAUGGAAUGGAAGGUCAGUGGAAAAGAGGUAAUACUUUUCCGAAAGGUCAUUUCUCAGCUACUGCAGCAUCAUCUCCUCCCUCCCUGUAGCCCGUCAUCUACCAUACACACCCCCUCCCAAGGUAGUUUAGAGUGUAAGCAUUGAUGUACAAACCAUCGAUGUACACAGGGAGGCUUAUAACAUAAGGGCUGUCCUCUGGGUGUCACAUUGUUCUUAAUGACACUGUUGUAAAGCACCAUUUCAGGCAAAGCACUACUAAAAGUCUACUCUGUGUGCACAACCCUAUUUUCUUCUUUGUCUUAAAUGGUUAUUUCAAGGGAAAGACUUGAGCAAGACAGCAAUUCUGAGUCAGCAGCAUGACUGCUUGGUGUUUUAAGAAGAGAACUGAAGUGGUAACUUAAGCCAUUUAGACCAUAGGGGAAAGUCAAGACUGGGAAAGCAACGGCCUGAAUUAGAAUUUUGCUGCAAAUGUGACUUUAAGAGGUCUAAAAUUCCAAGACUCCUUCCUAGACACCACAGCUCCUUGAAGUUAAGAGUGUUCAUAUUCUAAACAGUGUAGCAUCAUAGUACGAGGAGUGAAAAAUGGAAAGCUUUAUUGCUGACCAACUGCCAACCCAUUUUAUAAUCCCCCAGAAUAAGACCUAACUGCCUUUUCUCUGCUUCUCUUGAUUAAAAGACCUUUAUACUAAAAAUGAAGCCUAGGCUGUCUCAUCAGGUCAUGAGACACAAAUUAUCCUCCUUCUACUCUAUCUUCCUCACUGCCGAUCAAGGUUUUUACUCAAAUAUUUUGUCUAACUAGCAAUCUGCCCAAAAUAUCUAUUGCUUUAUGUACCAAAUCCUGUCCUUAUUCAUUUCUUUGGAAGGUAAAUAAACCAACCCAUAACUAACAUUUUAAAGACAAAUCCUGAACAUCAGAAGACACCAGGGUUGGAGGUUACAGAUCUUUUAACAUUACUAUAAAUUUUCCUUACCAAUUUUACCUGUUAGAAUUCACUUAAAACCAAAAUGGGAAAAGCCAGCUUGAACCAAGAUGGCCUAUGAAGAUAAGUUUUGGUGCUUUUAGAAAUAUUUAUUGCUAUUAUGGCCUAGGCCACAUAGCCCAUCUGUUGUAACCCCUUAGUAGUCAUGUAAUUCUUCCAAGAGGAAGACACUGAGAGCAAGGGUAAUUGUCCUGAGGCAUUGGCUGGAUUGGUAAGUAGAUAGAAGGAGAAGAUAGGGCUAGAGAUCUAACAGAGAGGGAGGACUGGCAUAGGCCAGAACAAAAUGGAAGAUGGUAAUCCCAUUCAAGAAGCAUUUAGUAAGCAUUUACAAUUGGCUACAUGCUGAGGAUACAAAUUAAAACAAAAAUGGGCAGAGAUGCAAUGCUAAAGAAGAGGAAUAUGCAUUCAAGGGCACCAUCACUGGCUUGCCAUGAGAUGCUUAAAGCAUUAGUUUGGGGGUCUGUAUACAAUCAUAGGAUCAUAGCAUUUUGGAACUAGAAGGAACCUUUGAGAUCAUUUUGGCCAAGCCCUAUUCUUCACAGUGAAAGAUUAACACAUCAUAAAGGUUGUGACCAGAUGCUGACACUUUUGACAGACUGGAAAGGAAAUCCAUCCUAGUUAGAUCUAUGUCUUCAUGCAGUGGCAGAGAGGUUGCAGAGAAUAUUUUCCUGACAUGGUUCCCUUGGUAUUUCUCUGGAUUCUGCCUUCUCCUAACUUAGUGUAUUAUAUGGAAGGUCAAAGCCAAUUCUUUCUCUUCCCUUGGCACAAACACAGCCUUUGGGUUGAGAAUAAGUCUCCCUUAUCUUCUAUUCUCACCAUCCCAGUCAAUAUUUUGCAGCUUAACAUUGAUUCAGCUCUUGAGAUUGUUAAAUACGCCAGGCAUAAGCUUAGUUGCAUGCCCUAUUGCCUCUGCAGCGAUAUUUAGCCUACUCAUCGAAUUCACUUGUUGGAUUUCCUAAACAUAAAUGGAACACAAUGAUCUUUAGGCACGGACAACAAAGUCCGUGAGAUAAUCUGAAACAGGUGUAGGGUAGAGUGACUUUGUAUCCAUACAUGCAUAAAUCAUUUGUAUAUAUCUACAUGUACACACAUAUAUUAAAAAUCAAUUAAAUAUUGGACCAGGGUCAUAUUGCCAAAUCAAGUGCCAUCUGGUAUAAAGCAACUAAGCUUUUUUAAAGGAAAUUUGAAUUUUUUUUAAAAAACAAAACAAAAAAUAUCCCUCACUUGUGCUUUAUAAACUCUUUCUAAGGCCUGUCCUGCCUAUGGGUAUCCAGGAGAAAGCAUUUCCUGUGUGAUUAAGAGUUGAGGACUAGGAGUUUGGACUCUCCUAUUUGUUCCCCAGCUCAAUUGUGAAUUCACUGUGUAUAGCAUUAUGUAAUCCAUUCCACCUCUUGCCAGAAGAAUGGUGGGAGUGGGUGUAUGUGUUGGGGGGAGGGGAAAAAUGGGGUCAGAAUGCUAUUUACCUACCUCACAGAGAUAUUGUGAGGCUUAAAGCAGAAACAUAAAAAGAUAGUUGUUAAUACUGUUGUCAUUUAUCAGUCUGUCUGUUAAGUGUUUUGAGAUCCUCACAAAACAGGUGCUAAUGUAACUCAAAGAAUCCUAGUAAGGCACAGUUUCUAUUUGUUGAAGUAUCCUUUUGGGGGUAUCCCUUCCUAUCUGACCCUCACUUGCUCUCUUCCAGAUUUAUAGUAUUUGGUCUUUCCCAAUUCAUUUAUUGAAAUACUCUAUGAUAUAUCCCACCAGGGCAGGAAAGUUCUUACUUAAACCUAUCAUAAGUAAAAAAGGCAGAAUCCAGAUCCUAUGAGGAAUCAAAAUACAAAAUAUGUAUGAAGCAAAACCCUAGAAAAGUGUGUGUAUACAUAUAUACAGGCACACAUUUUUGAAGACCAUUCUAGCAAAAGAAAAACCUAAACUCAGGGGCUUUGUGAAUUAAUCUUAUCAUAUUACAAACAAAUAAAAGUUUAGCAGGUGCUGUUGUUUGACAGAGUGAGUAUACCCUGGCCAUCCCCAAUGAAUUAGCUUUAACAUUGAACACAACACGUCAUCCAGGUUUGCCAUUGGACCCAGCAAAAGCAGUCAUGGUCUCUGUCAGCUGGCCAAUAGAAAUUAAGUUCCUGCCUGCUGGAUGGCUAAAUAUCUUCAGUUGAUACUUUAUGUUAUAACACAUAUAACAGUGGUGCAUAGAUGCGGGCACUUCACAGGGUCCAUUAGUAGGAAAUGGAAUUGGAUCUCUUUGAGGUUCUGAAGGACCUCUCUUUCCCUUAAAUCAACUCUUGCUUCUUAGCACCUAUGAACCAUUUCAAGCUUUAGUCUUCACAGUUCAUCAUGAGGCAAAAAGAUACACAGCAUCAUUCCCCAAUGGACUCCAGAAUUCUCUGCCACACUGUGAAACAUUCUUUGGCAAACAAAGCCUUUUAAGUAUCAUAGACUGAUUGCUCUGUAGGGCUAGAAGGACACCAUUUCCCAUAGCUGACUGAUUUGUUGGUGAGUGAGUAGUAGGUACUUCUAUAUCUAAGAGAGUCGGCAUUUCUCUUUCAAAGGGAUGUCUCCCGUGGACAUAAACAUCUAGGGUAGAUGGAGGUAGGUAAAUAAAAAGUUGGGAUGAAAGCCCCUGACCCCUCCAUCAUCUUCUCACCCCAAUCCAAUGCUGUAAAUAAAAGAAUUAGCAUCUUGGCCUUUUAAUGCAAGAAGAUUUCUGACAAUAAGCCAUGCUUUUUGUAAAUACAUUAUUACAACUUGGAGUUUUCUUUAGGGGGUUGGUAAGAAUUGGAUUGAGCAGGGAAUUAAAAAUGAAGUGAUUGGUUAUUUAGCAGAUAGGUGAGUAGUGUAACAAAGGGCUGCUAAAAGCAGCCAUGAAAAUGUUCCAAAAUAGUUUUGAGCCAACUUUCAUUUAGAACCCUUAUUUCAAGAAUAAUGAUACUUGAAUCGAGAAUUUUGGGUACAGUCUCAUAUGCACUCUUUGGCACUCUUCUCAAAAAAUUAAAAAUCAAGCCUGGAUUUCCAGAAAUAGAAAUACAGUCUUCAGACCCCAUCAGAAGAACAUGACAGAACAGAAAGAAUAAGAGAAUAAGUCAGCGACCUUUGGUUGAUAAUUUUAAGACUACCACCGAGGAUUAUAAUGUAGUAUUGUUCAAAACAAAUUUUUUAAAAAAUCAACAACAAUGUGAUUGAUGUCUAGCUAAAUCUAAAAUACCCAUUCAGGGAAAAAAAAUCAUUGCUACUUACCUGGUAGGUAUUCCAAAUUCUUCUACUAAGAUAUACCUUUAAUGGGCAAAUUUAGAGCUCUCUUGUUAGUCAGACAUAAUGCUUAGCACUUCAAAGGGUGAAGCAAAUGCUUAUAAGAAAUCUUGUUGUUGUCAUUUAGUCUCCACAAAUCAAUUUUGAAUUAUAUUUCCUCAUCCUAUCUCACCAAGAUCCUAUUCAUUUUGUGUUAUUUUUAUUUCACCCUUUUAAGCAAAUAUGAUUUUAGAUUUGUGGGUAUUUGCAUCCAGAAUCUGGUAUACUUGCUCUUUCUUAUUCUUUCUUUCUCUCUCCCUUUUAAUGGCAACUUCUCUUUAGGAACCAAAAUCAUUUCAUCAGUUCAAAAGCCUUAGGUUGUCAUCCUCAGAUGUCCAGAUACCUAGGUAGGUCAGAGCUCAGACAGUUAUCCACAUUUUAACCUUUGUCACCCUGACCUAAAGGUCUCCAUUCUAGAGAGAGCCUCAUAGGAGUUAAGAGAGCUUUCUUGAUUAGAUCACAAGAUUUUUCUAAUCUAGUGCUACCCCUUCAUUUUAAAAGUGAGAAAAACAAUUUUAAAUGAGAGAAGCAAAAUGAUUUUCUCAUCUUUGCCCAGAUAAUAAAUGGCAUUUGAAUCUAGAUCUGGCCACUUUUCUCCUAUCCUGGCUACAGUUGGCCUUGAAAAUCAGAAUUAAUGUUAUGCCUGAUGAUGCUGGACCUACAAGUUUGUUUGGCAUUCAAAACGAAUUUUAUUUUCCUUACUGCUAUCUAGAUUACAGACUCAACUAAAGGCAGGGUGUUCUUUCCAGACACUAAGUUUACAGCUCGGUUUAGAAUGAAACCUUCCAGGAGACUGGAAGAAAAGAUUUAAACAUUUGAUGACUUAGAUUCUUUUUCUAAAGUUCUACUUCUAAAGAGCCAAGAUACCAACGAUGUUCUACAUUUGUCCUACAUCUUUGUCCCUAGGACCAAGACCAAGACAAGUCUUCUAGAAACCUUUGUGAGGUUCAAACUGAUCUGACUAGAAACAGGGAUAAGUAGGAGGAACACACUUCCAAAGUUCAAAGUGCCAUUAAUUAAUUUUAAAAAAUAAACAUGAUGUGAAAUGAGGGCUAAAUGUUACUAAUUGCCAGUUAAAUUAUAUAAUAGCUUUGCUAGCUAUUGUGACUCCAUACUUGAUAUGGAAUGGUAAAACAUUAAGCAGAUACUAAGAGAUUUAGCAAAACCACAUAAUUGACUUUUAAGGUUUACCUACUGGGGAAUAGACUUAAAACCUGAAUGUUGAACCUUUCGUAGAGCACUUUUUAUAUACUAGUGAUUUGUGAACCUGACAAAAUUUAUACAAAGUUAACCUAAGUGCUGAAAUCAUGAAAGAACCAACCUCUCCCUUAGUGGUAUUAGAGAAGAGUCCAAGUCCACUCACUAAGGCCAGGAUUUGCAACCCUGUAAUGAAUAUUAAUGGGGGUGUGGAGGGAGGAGGGAAGGGAGAAAUCUUUUGUACAAGGUAUACAGAAGACAUAGCGAUAAAGAAAUCUAAGGCCAUGAAGCCAAGUACCAAGUUAAAAAAAAAAAGCAAGGUUAAGGGAAAACAUGGGGUAAAUUGUAGGAACAGGAAAUAUUUCUAUAGAGUUUGAAUCUUCUUCUCUCAGAUCAUGACUUAAAUUGAGUUAAUAUGGGCAUAGUAUUCCCCCAGGAUCUUUCCCUUUAAACUGAGACAGUGGAUUCCUAAAGACCAAGAGCAGUGCUGUAUGGCUUUUCCACAUCAGCAAGAUAGGAGAAAAGGGUUCUUUUAUAAACUCAGCCAAAAGACAAUCAACUUCAGCAACCCUUCAGUAGAGAAGCUGUGAUCCUGGAGAGCUUACACUGAUCUUCCAUGCAGGAUACAGGCUAUAAGGGGAGGGAGGGGGCAGUGGAACUUGGGGAGGGGGUGGGGAGGGAAAGGAUUUUAUCAGGGACAGAUAUCAAAUUCUGCAUAUGCAUAUAUGUUGGAAGGUAAACCAAAAGUCCAAGUUUGAUACAAUCCCAUUGGAUACAGGGCACCAAUUCUAUCCUCAGGGGAUAGCCCUUUUCAAAGACAUGGUCUGCAAUUCAUCCAGGCCAAUGACCUCUGUCCUGGACCUAAGAUUGUGGCAUGUUCACCUUGAUUCACUCUUAGUGCAUGAGGGGGAGAGACAGAGUACUAAAGGAAGUUGGUGUACUACAUACGGCUGUUAAAAAGCAGCUUCCAUGAAAAACUAUACCACAGCAAAACCCCACAAGAUAUUUUCUUACCCGCAUCCUUCUAUGGGGUACUCUAAUCCAACACCAGUUCCAGUAACUGUGUUUUACUGGGAGCCAACAUAGGUCCCUCAGAGUAUCGGUGCAUCUCUUCUAAAGUGGGAGUUCAGCACUGCAUGUUGACAAGGUGGAUAUAUUGUAACAUAAAUGCUCGUUUGGAUCCAAAAAGAAAACCAUUUAAAAAAUGAUGUACAACUUUAAUGUUUUUUUUUGGUCAAAGAAAAGAAUAAAUAAAUAAAAUCUUCUUGUAAAGAA